CAUGAAACCAAAUUAAUUAUCAACAAUUGAAAUUUCUUUUGUAUUCGCUCUGCAACUAAAUAAUCAUCUGGAAUUGUUUCAUUAAACCUAUUACAACUUUGACUUAGACGGCAUUGGGUUGAAUGUCAUGUGUUAGUGUCAUAGCUCUUACACGGACUGUCCAUUGAGCCUCAAUAUCAAGAACACGACACUUGUGGCCAUACAAAUUCGAUCCUUGAAGAUAACAAAGACUAAUAUCCAUGCUUUCAGGAAGUUCGACUAGUCUAAAGGCCCUGGAUUUAUCGUCUUGUCCUAUCAUUUAGUGUCCGAACCAUGAGGCUCAUGAUGAACUCCCUGUAAGCAUGGAUCAUGUAAACGACUGUAGUAUUACGCGUGGCUCGACAGCCUCCUUUAAGCCCAUGAAGCUUUAUGCCAUGAUGAUCUAGGAGUCGAAGUCCUAUGACCUAUUCACACGUGUUUUUAAAUGGAGAUUCAAUCAAACAAAGGGGUUGUCUUCCAUGACAUUCCUCGAAUGUUUGCUCAACAACAACUCAUAUGUUACCAAAAGCAACUUGUGACAGAAUGACAGUCCCGCGAUCGGAGACCGGAAGACGAUCCGCGCCGAACUUUGCUCAUUAUUCAGCCACACCGCAAGAGUCAUUGGGUGAAACGUAGCGCACCAACGGACGGAUACCGACGAUGACCUACGGAUACUGCAGAGUUGAUCCAAAGAAGCGAUUGAUUACUUACUAGCCUUGCGUUUUUAGCCCAGAUCGCCAUUCCCUAUAAAAUUCUAUUUAAACUGUCUCUCUCCUCCUCAUAGCCAUUCAAUGUACCAAUUACGACCACGUGUCACCGCAAUAUCAUCAUUGAAGCGCUUCUCAAAACCUUUAGUUGCCUCCUCUUUAUUGCUCAACUCAAAUCUUACACCUCGCUAUCCUCACCUUGCCAACCACAACCCCAGCCUCAAUAUUCAGACUCAUACCAAAUUCAAUAUGGGCAGUACUCAGGACAUGAACCCGGGAAAGCCGGUCCUAUUCUUCGAUAUUGACAACUGCCUCUAUCCGCGGAGCGCAAAAGUCCAUGACAUAAUGGCCAAACUCAUCGAUGAGUACUUCUCCAAACACCUGGAGAUUCCUUGGGAUGAGGCAGUGAAACUGCACAAAGAGUAUUACACCAACUACGGCCUCGCCAUUGAGGGGUUGGUGCGCCAUCACCAAAUCGAUCCUCUGGAUUACAACGCCAAAGUGGACGAUGCUUUACCCCUCGAAGGAAUCAUCAAGCCCAACCCUGAGCUACGCGAACUCCUAGAGGAUAUCGACAAGUCCAAGGUUACUGUGUGGCUUUUCACCAACGCCUAUGUGAACCACGGGAAGAGAGUUGUUCGCCUCUUGGGCAUCGAGGACAUCUUCGAUGGUCUCACAUACUGCAACUAUGCGGAACAACCAUUACUCUGCAAGCCAGAUCCCCGCAUGUACGAGAAGGCCAUGCGCGAGGCAGGCGUCGAGCGUGUGGAGGACUGUUACUUUGUUGAUGAUUCUGCCUUGAACUGCACAGAAGCCAAGAAAUUUGGUUGGACAGCAGCUCAUCUCGUUGAGGAGGGAGUACCAGCUCCCAAAACCCCUGCUUCGCAAUACCAAAUCCAGCAUCUGCGAGAGCUACGGAAUGUCUACCCGCAGUUCUUCAAAUCUACUUCAAACAAGGCAUAGAUUAUGACAUUUGAGGUUGGUUACGAAAUAGAGGGGAUUAUAGGGCAUAUGAUAGAAUUUUUAGACGGUGGCGUUCAAGGCGCUCACUAGGCUGAGAUACCUUUGUAUUAUGGUUUUUCAACAAAAAUAAUAAAAUGCUCGUUUGCAUGGGCUGUCAGCCUUCCAUUUGGUUAUUCGUACCCUGAACUCCUCGCUACGCAUCAAUAAACGUGUCAAAAACAGACCGAACCCGUAAUUAUGGUCGUCGUAUGCUGCGAAUAACACUGUCAAGCUCAGACAAAAUCUGAUCUUUCUCCUUGAUUGCUUCUUGGCGUUGGGCUUCAGCAAUCUUCAAAUCCUCCUCCAGCUCUUUGAUGUAUCUCUCCUGAUCCAUCUCACUGUUGUCUAAGCCGGGGAG